AUGGCGGACACGCACUUCUUCGCCGAAGCCAACGUCCUGGACGACCCCAGGGAAACCACCAACGCCUACAAAGAAAUCAAAUACGACUUGCUCCGCAUAGAAAGGAGCAUCAACACAGAGGUGCGCAAAAGGAUCGAAGCAAACAAAAACAUCCAACAGUUAAUAGAGCACACAGCGAAUGACAUGAUCAAUAAGGUACUUAACAAAAUCACAACCAAAAUAGAAAAUAUUUCAUUUGAACUAGACAAAAUUAUAAAAAAAUGUGAUGAGCUAGAAAAGAUGGUGGGACAGAUAAGGCUAACACUGCCUACCAAAAUACAAACGGAAAUGAUGGGAUUGAAAAGGGAAGUCUCCGAUUUUUUCAUUUUGCUUAACAAGUACGCCAAUAAUAGGAAGAAGAGGAACAACGUGCUCUUCUCUAAAAUGGAAAAUAUGAAUGCCUACGUGAGCAAUAAGAUCCACAGCGAAGUUUCCUUUACGGAGGAUGACUUCCUUUUCUUUCGGAGGGAGAGUGCCAAGCUACUUGCUUCCGACUCGGAUGAUGAGCAGGGCUUUAGGGACGCCUUUCUGCAGGAGGUGGAGGAGAUUCGCGACGCCCUCGCGCUCACCGUCAAGGCGCGCGAGCAGUCCGACGACGACAUCAUCCAGGCGAUGAACAAAUACACGAGUGUCCUACAGAAGGCGCUGCAGUCCGUCAUCACGAGCAGUCACUAA